AUGAAGAGGAGUGCACCUUCUUCAUCGUCAUCUGCUUCAUCUAGAACAGCAUCAGCAUCAUCACAAAGACCCAGGCUGCCCCCGAGUCCUGAACGGGAGACGGUCUACGAAGGGACCAAGUACGUGAGGGCGUACUCGGCAAGCUUGGUCAAAAUCGAUGGGAGGGAGUACAGCUUUGAAGAGAUCCGUGCAGCUCGACAUGCCUACGUCGAACAUGCAUCCAUCGACCACCGAGAUGCAGAAGCCAUCAAGAGUCGGGAGUUCACGCGAAAGCGCUGGCGGGAGUCAGAGCUGGAGAAGCAGAGGCAAUCCGCCAAGAUGGCCGAGGAAAGGCGACAAUUGGAUGAGCAGCGGAGGAGCAUGGAGGAGAUGAAGCGGGAGAUCGAGGAGACGAAGCGUCGCCUCGACGAGCAGGUCAAAGCGGCCGCCGCGGCCGAGGAGGAGGCCAGGCGCGCGCGCCUGCUGCGGCCACGAGUCCUCCCGCUCUUUGCCGACGGUGCCGACGACGGCGCGCCGCGCGACGAGACGACUUCCCUCACCGCCGCUCUGCGCGGCGGCUUUCUGCAGGACGCGGCCCCCUCGCGCGAGAGUCUCGCCGGCGUUGGUGGCGGGCGGCACGCCCACGGCGACGCCCCGCCCACGCCGACGGUCACGAUGAACACACGGGCCGCCAUGGCCAACGUCAUGUCCAUGUUCUCCGGCGACUUUGACGACGACACGCGCGCGCUGGGCGACGCCACCCUCUCGUCGAUCCCCAUCGAGGACCGCGAGAAUGCGGCGCCGGCCAGGUCCCGCGGCGCCAGCGGUCGCAGCGCUGCGGCAAAGAGCGCGCAGACCCCGGGCGCCGUCGCGCCAGCGCGCAAGGGCCUGGGCCUCGCCGUGCAGCCGACCAAGAAGACCAACCGCGAGGUGCUCCAGGAGGAGCUGGCCGCCAAGGAGAACCGCCAGGCCGCCGCCAACGUGCCCCGCUUUGAGCCGGCGCACAAUAAGCGCACCUAUGGCGAUGCCGUGCGGGAGGUCAUCGCCGCCCGUAACCAGGGCGAGGAGCCCGACGAGAUCACCAGCAACCUCUCCUGGGACGACACCGGCCUCCUCCCCGCCGGCGCCCUGGCCCAAGCGCCGUCGGCCGGCGGGUUCCAGAUCUACGAGGACGAGCAAGGCUCGCCUGUGCCGUUGAAGCAGCAGGGGGCUGGCGCCCUGAGGCCGCCCAAGCUGGACUUUGCCGUGUUUGACGACGGCGCGCAGGAGGGCGAUGGCGCCGAUACCACGAGCCUGCUCACCCUGCCCGUCCUGCAGAAGCCGCAGGCCGCCUCCUUCGCCAUCUUCUCUGAUUUUGACGACAACCCGCCGGCCAGCAGCACUGCUCAAGCGACCGGCGGCGGCGGCGGCGGCAAGAGGCAACCAGCAGACGAGCGGUUGGGCCAGGUCAAGCAGAAAGCGUCCGUUGUCGAUCCCUGGCUGCUCAGCGAAGAGAAGCGCCUACUCCAAUUGUUGGGGGACAAGGUGACGCGCUAUCCCAAUUUUUUCGACUGCCGACCGGAGAAGGCGCCGGGAAGGAACAUAUUGAAGGUGCCGCGAGGGCGCCGGGUCAGUUCGGUGGCCGAACCCCAGCUCGAGCUGCCGGAGGUCUGCAUCGAGGUGGAGGAGCGCGUCGGUGAGGGAGCCUUCGCCACGGUCUUCAAGGUCGACAUCAUCGAGUGCUCGUUCAUCGACCUGGAGGGCGGGGAGACCAACGCCGCCCUCAAGGUGCUCAACGAGCCCUCCCUGUGGGAGUGGUACAUCCACCACCAGAUCCUCGAACGCAUCCCGCGCAACCUGCACCACAAUUUUGUUCGGUUCCACUCGAUCCACAUGUAUAGCGACAAGGCCCUCACACUCAUGCAGUUUAGCGAUGGCACUCUGCAGGACGCCAUGAACUGUUUCCACAAGAUGAACAAGCGCAUGGACGAGCCGCUGAUCAUCUACUACACGCUGGAGAUGCUCAAGAUCAUCGAAAUCCUCCACGGUGCGGGCAUCAUCCACGGCGACAUCAAGCCCGAUAACUUCCUCAUCAAGAACAACCCCGGCGUCGAACUCGACGAUUGGGGCUCGGGUUCCGCGGGCUGGGACGGCAAGGGGCUCGUACUGAUCGACUACGGGCGGAGCAUCGACACCCGCCUCUACCCCGAGGGCACCGUCUUCAAUUCGGGCAAUCACGUGGAGGGUUUCAAGUGCACGGAGAUGACGGAGGGGCGUCCCUGGACCUACCAGGCCGACCUGUUCGGUAUCUGCGGGGUGGUCCACUGCCUGCUGCACGGAAACUUCAUCGACGUCAUCCGAGACCCGAGGACGAAGGACCUGAUGCCCAAAAUGCCCUUCAAGCGCUACCAUCAGGCCGACCUGUGGCGUCCUCUCUUCCGCGACUUCCUCAACAUCACCGACUGCAAUAACAUUCCGGACGUGAGCCAGCACAGGCGCAGGUUCGAGGAGCACCUCAAGAAGAAUCCGCCCAAGGCCAAGACCAUCAAGACCCUCCUCGCCCGUCAGAACAUCCUCAUGUUCGAGCGCGACAAGAAGCAGAAGUGA